CCACUUACAAAUGUCCCUCUGGGAGGCUGGUGCGCUCGCGGUUUGAAUUUGCCGGGAAUGAUCCGGAAGUGAGUGCGGUUGUUAUGGAGAAGCAUUUCCCCUGGGAGAAAAGAGUGAGGGGAGGGCGAGCGAGAGUGUGAGAGAAGACAGGACGGAGAAACUGGGAAAGAAAGACUGGAAGAGAAGGAACACGUAUUGUAAGCUGCAUUUCCAGGGUGGAUACUGGUGGAAUUUGACCUGGAGAGAGGACAAGUCUUCAUGAGCAGAGAAUUUGAAGAAGUGUGUGGGAUUGAACUAACUUGCAUGCAGGUCAGAAGAGAGCAGAGCACAGCAGCACACGUACUUCCUCUUCAACUGGACAUUCAAGCUCAAGACAUCCAUCCAGCUGGUCCACUUGAGAUAUAACCACUCUUCUACUCAAACCAGGAAGCACAAACUUCCUUGUCUAAACUUACCAGCUGGUUUCUGUCAUAUGGUUUUUGAAACUGCAGUCACUAGAAAUAAUAGCAGCCCGGUUUGGCCAAGCUUCAAACUCCCUCCCUUCAAUGUGGGGGAGGUUUCCUCUGUCUGUAGCCAAGCUAAGCAGUGAUACAGUGCAGUUCAGCAUUCUUGCUCUGCUCUGCUCCAGACAAUCCGUGCUUGGAGAUGAUGCUCAGGAUACCUUAUGGCUGGCCCAGCAUUUAAGGAGGAUUUUAAUAGAGGAAUAACAACUUAACACACUUUUUUAUUUUUUGUUUUAUUUAAUGUAUUUAUUCAAUUUUUGAUCCGCAUUCUGACAUUUUAAUAUAUAUUCCGAUAACUGGAUGCUCAGCACAGCGGAUGCAUGUUUUGAUUUCUUUAGAGAAACAAACAAUGAGGUGAAUUGCGCUGGAGUGGACCUCAACAGUUAUCCCAAGAACUGUGUGUCCGAGACUCUGAAUUCUGUGCAAAUAUAUACUGUAUAUAAAGUGACAAAAUUGGCACUUGGCAAUUACACAAGCUCACCAGGAGGAGGCAGUCUUAAGAGUUUCAUUUUUUUGAUUUAAGGCAUUGAGGUCAGCUGUCGGUAUACCUCCCUUUGUUGGAAUUUAUAUUUGGUUCCCGGAUCUCCGCCGCGCUCUGAAUAUCUGAAUAGCAUAAAUGAUUAUUUAAACCCUUUAUUCCCCUGCUUACAUUAUUGAGUGCCUACACUGAACACAUAGAGAAGUUCCUGCUGGUUAAAUCAUGACUCCUGCCUGUAGAUGUGGGCCAGUUUCAGACAGGUUUGCCGUGUGAGGGAUGUGUGUUGCAGAGUGAGACGGGGAGAGAGUCAGACGCCAUGACGGAACACGCAGAGCUGUUGGCCGAGAUGCCGGCGGUGGGUCGCAUGACAACGGCAGAGCGGCUCAAACACGCUCAUAAAAGGCGCGCACAGCAGCUGAAGACCUGGGCGCAGAUGGAGAAGGAGGCCCCGCACAGGAGCAGAGGGGGGCAAGGCGGCAAGGAGGGGCGUCGCAUCACCUUCCCAAACAAUGUGACCCUGCUGGAAGCUGCAGCCAGGAACGACCUCGAGGAGGUGCGUGAAUUCUUGAAGAAUGGGGUCAGUCCGGACCUGUACAAUGAGGAUGGACUCACUGCGCUGCAUCAGUGCUGUAUCGAUGAUUUCGAGGAGGUUGUGCGAGCGCUACUGGAAGCGGGGGCCAAUGUGAACGCGUGUGACAGUGAGCUGUGGACACCGUUGCAUGCCGCCGCCACCUGUGGACACAUGGGCCUGGUGGAGAUGCUCAUCAAACAUGGUGCGAACAUGCUGGCAGUGAACGCAGAUGGGAACAUGCCUUACGACCUGUGUGAAGAUGAGGUCACCCUAGACUACAUUGAAACAGCCAUGGCUAACCAGGGUAUCACACAGGAGAGGAUAGACGAGUGCCGGUCCUCCAAGGAAAGGCAGAUGGUAGCUGACAUCAGGGCUCUGAUCCAGGCUGGGUGUGACCUCAACGCGCAGGAUGAGAACGGAACGUCACUGCUGCACAUUGCCGCGGCUAACGGUUACCAGAGUACAGCUGAGCUGCUGCUGGAGCACAAGGCGAGAGUGGAGGUGCGAGACAGUGACGGCUGGAGCCCGCUCCACGCUGCCUCCUGCUGGGGACAGAUCCAGAUUGUGGAGCUGCUGGUUGCUAACGGAGCCAACUUGAAUGCAAAAUCUGUCUUGGAAGAGACCCCACUAGAUGUUUGCUCGGAUGAGGAGGUGCGAGCCAGGCUGCUGGAUCUGAAGCAUAAGCAUGAUGCCAUCAUGAAGUCCCAAGACAGACACAAGAGUGCCCUGCAGAGGAGGGCCUCCAGUGCGGGGAGCAGAGGGAAGGUGGUUCGCCGCGUCAGUGUGAACGAACGUUCAAAUCUGUACCGCCGUGAGCAUGAGAAGGAAGCCAUCGUGUGGCAGGAGCGUGGCCGACAGCCGGAACCGCAGGACGAUGAUGAGGACAGACAGACGGACGCAGAGCUCCAGCAGCACUCCUCAAGCUCUGGUCCAGACCCUCAAGAUGAGCAAGCACAGAGGGAGAGCGAUGGAGGGAACAGAGGGCCGAGCGUGGGGAACGGAUCUACAUCUGCCUUGCCCAUGGAGCCGCGAGGGAGCCGGCUGGACCACAGCGCCUCCUACCAGCUGGCCACGGAGGAGCCAGCGGAGGGGAACCUGAGCCGGGAGAAAUCCCAUCACACCUUGGCAGACCUGAAACGGCAACGCGCCGCCGCCAAGCUGUACAAACACCCCUCUGCCACCGGGGACAACAGUCAGGACUUGCCUCCCCUGGAGCCCCCCCGGGCAAGCACUGAGCCCAGCACAGUCUACUACACCCACUCCAGCACAGACCCCCCCCUGCUCAAACUGAGAGCUCCUGAAGAGGAGCCCCCUCCAGAAAAGCAGCGCUGCUGCUACCUGAUGUAACUCCACAGCUCUUCAAGACACUGCUUCACACCAGACCCUCUCUGUACUGUGCUUUCGAGAGAAAGGUAUCGCUGUCCUCUCAUAGGUCCUUAACCUGCUGGGAUGAACACAGGAGAGCUUGCUAUUCAUAUAUCAACUAUAGAACCCACUUAAUACAAGAAUGAUUUGAUGAACUACAAUGAGCUUUGUUGUGCUUUUGGUCUUGUAUCGCAAUACAAAUGAUACAUACCCCUAUUACUGUACGAUAUAGCGUGUAAAGAAAGAAUAGCUAUUCAUCAAUACUAUUGAAUCGUUGCUCCCCUAGUCAUUAACCUAGUGAGAUGAACACAGGAGAGCUUGCUUAGUGUAAGACUGUUGCUUAGUGUAUUUGAGCUGAUCCUGGAUUGUCUAUGCUCAGGUUAGCUCGGGUGAGGUCAGGUGUAUCUGUCGGGACUUAUAGUAAACCGUGGGGUCUCUCAAACAUUAGCAACCCUCAUUUUAAAAGACCUGUAGCAGCAUUUGUUGGUGGGUUAUUGAUGCUGCAAUUUGACCAGUUAUCGACCUCUGAAAGAGUUGAUAAAGUUUUAUAAUGUUAUAUUGAUGCAUAAUCAAGUUUUCUAAAUGCAAUGGCUUCUGCCUUCUAUUUAGCAGGAAUAAGUGAUUUGCUACCCUAUUUUUAUAUAAUCCUGAUCAACACAUUUUUUUAGACUGAGGAAUCAGAUAUGUUGGGAUCUUUUAAAACCAGCAAUUUACAGCUGAUUAUAAUCCAGCAAACCUAAAGCUCUGCACCUAAAACCAGCUACUUUAAUUCAGUGAACUUAGUAAUAGGAUUCAAGAGCCAGGGAACUCGGUGCAGGUAUGAGUACAGAAUUCAAAGCACUAGUGGUAAAGAUGGGACCUGAAAGGCUGCCAAUUCAGUAUAUGACAGGCUGUAGUAUAGGGGAUCAGAGAGCCAGCAUAUUCCAUUCACUCAAUAAAACAUACUUACGAAUGAGGGAGGCCUUACGAAUGAGGGAGGCCAUUCAGCCCAUCUAAGAUUGUCUGGUUCUGAGUAGCUGAUUGCUCUUGAAGGACCCAAAUGAUUCGGCAUCAACAAUAUGGCUAGGUUGUCCCUUUCUAUCCACUCAACCCUCUCUGUCUUAAGUGUGAACACUAGCCAUCAAGUGACUGCUCAACAAUAUCCCUAAACUGUAUCUAAUACCUGUUUUUCUCAGCCUGUGUCACGAAUCCUGUCUGUUUGAGUACCACUAGCAUUGCCCUUUCAGGUUCCCCACAGUGCGGAGCAGAGCUUUGCCAGCUCAGAAUGGGGCCUCUCCAAUUCCAGGAGCGUUACUUUGUGUUCCAGAAUUGAUCUGUUAAGGAGGAUGCUUUGUGGGUUAGUGGGCUAGUCAUGGCUUCCACAUUGACUUAUUUAUUUGGCUGAAUGUGAACAAAUUAAUAGAAUUAUAGAAUUGUUUUUAUCAUAAAUUAUUGGUUGUAUCUGAAGAUUAAUCGGGAGAUAUUGCCUCGUUUCCAUGGAUGUGAUUUGUGUUUUUUUAAAUAGAAUAAAAUAAAAUCUAAUAGAUAGGGUAUAAUGUACAGUAGAACUGUUUAACUUCUUGUGAGAGAUGACGGUAUGAAAAAAAGGGUGUUUUUAAAUCAAAUUCAGAAACAUGGACUCAAUGUUUUUAAUUUAAUUCUAACUUACUGUAACAGUCAUUGAUUAGAUUUGAUAUGUGUAGCAGUUAUUAUAAUAGUCACUGUACAUGCAGUGUGUAUAUGUGUGUGUGUUAUGUAUAUGGACUGCAGAGGAGUCAUAUAGUGGAAAGAACUAUAGUUACCAACAGCGGAAACUAUAUUUCUUCCCUCGGGGGCCAUAGUUUCCCACUAUGAGCCGAGGUCUGCAGUCCAUAUUUGUUUUAUGAAUCAGUCAAAAAAUCAGUCAUGUUUUUGAUGUCCAUAGUGCAUAGUUAAGGUUCUUUUGGCAUACAACUGUCCAUCUGACUUUCUCACUGCGGCAUAGAAUUCUCGGAGGAGUCCGUUGAGUUUGUGAACGUCAUAUUUAUUUACAUUGUUUAGUUAGAUUUGUUUGAGUUUUAGGAAGUCAGAAAACACUGAAAGCUAAUUUUUUGUGACGAUAUUUUGGUCCAUAAAUUGUGUGUGUGUGUGUGUGUGUGUGUGUGUGUGU